UACCAAUCAAUAAAGCUUUUAUGUAUGCCUCGUUAGAAGGUAAUAAAGGUCUUUGUGGAAAUGUAACAGGAUUUCAGCAUUGCAGAAGGCCAUCUUCUUCGGUGAAGAAGCACUCAAUAGCAAAAGGUCGUAAACUCAUCCUAAUCACUGUACUUCCCAUUAUGGGAGCACUAGUACUUCUCUGUUCUUUCGCUGGUGCUCUCCUUAUGUGUCAUAAAAGAAGAAGAGUUAGAGAUGUUAAAAUACAGGACGAAGGUUGGCUUUCGAUAACCAUGUUAGAUGGAAAGGCAUUGUACAAGGAUAUCUUAAAUUCCACACAAAAGUUUGAUGCAACAUUUUGCAUCGGGCAAGGAGGACAUGGAAGCGUUUACAAGGUAAACCUUCCACCAUUGGGGAAUGUAGCUGUGAAGAGACUUCACUCUUCAUUUGAGAUUACGCAUCCCAAAAGCUUCAUGAAUGAGGUAAGGGCAUUGGCAGGGAUUAAGCAUCGGAACAUAGUGAAACUGUAUGGUUUUUGUUCGAAUGCACAACACUCAUUCUUGGUAUACGAGUACGUUGAGAGAGGGAGUUUGUCAAGUGUUUUGAGCAAUGAAGUUGAGUCUGAGAAAUUGGAUUGGCUUAAAAGGGUCAAUAUCAUAAAAGGUGUUGCCUAUGCUUUAUCUUACAUGCACCACAAUUGCUCACCACAGAUUGUUCAUCGAGACAUAUCAAGUAGUAAUAUUUUGCUUGAUUCAGAGUUUGAAGCUUGUAUUUCAGACUUUGGAAUAGCUAAGCUUCUCAUGCCAGACUCAUCUAAUUGCACUGCGCUUGCAGGCACAUAUGGCUAUGUUGCACCUGAGCUUGCAUAUACAAUGAAGGUUACCGAAAUGUGUGAUGUGUAUAGCUUUGGAGUAUUAGCAUUGGAGAUUAUCAAAGGAAAACAUCCUGGGGAAUACAUUACUCCAUUAGCAAAUUCAUCGACUAUAGAUCAUGUGCAGCUUAGUGAUCUGAUAGAUGAACGUCUUCCAUAUCCUGAAGAUGAAGUAAAAGAUGUUUUGGUUUUUAUUAUCAAGCUAGCAAUCUCUUGUUUGCUUGAAACUCCAAAAUCAAGGCCAACAAUGUACUUUAUCUCUCAUAGGUUAUCAUCAAUGGAACCACGUCCACCUACUCAUGUAAGACUAGCUAAAUAAUCUCUGAUAUGUAAGGUGUCUUUGUAUGGAAAUGAAUAA